AUGGCCAUUCCAGGGAUGAUUGCAUCCAUGUCAUUCGCAUUAGUUGAAGCUAUGAAUCUAAUGUUUAUGGGAUAGUUUGGAGAUCCAGCUCUUGUUGCAGGAGUUGGUUUAGGCAAUGUAUAUAUAACGAUUUUCGGUAUAAUAACAAUAGGCGGAAUUAAUGGCAUUCUAAGUACUCUAGUAUCACAAUCUUAUGGUUAAGGGAAUCUAUAUUUAUGCGGGGUUUAUCUGAACAGAGGUAGAGUUAUCAUAGUUAUUGCCUUCAUACCUAUUGCUUUUAUCAUGAUUAGUGCAAAAUACUUCUUUGAAUUUACAGGAGUCUAGCCAAAUACUGCAGAGCAAGCCUCGCUAUAUAUAUGCUAAAAAUGGUUAUGA